AUGGAAGAAGCUGCUAAGCGCCUUCUCUCCAAAAAGAGAGAGGAGAAGGUCUGGCCAAUCCUCUUAAUAGUGGGCAUUUUCGCAUGUAUGUUUAUACUUUGGUACUUAAUGGCGUUGCAGCAACGCUUGCUAGACAUCAGGUUCCCCGGGUUCCGGCUUGACUCGGUAUUUGUGUCCCCGUGCCCACUCACCUCGAGUCUUGCUGUUGCUGCUUCUGCUGGUGGCUCCUCCAACAACAGCAACUGGUACUUAACCGCCACAUGGGACCUGAGCCUGUACGAGGAUGAGGAGAAGAAGGACAAACUCAUUCUCGCAAUGACGCCAUUGCCUCUUCCACCUUUAAACAAUAUGAGCCAGACCACCAUCAACUUCAGCCUGGCAAUGGUGAGGUCAUAUGUGGGCGAGGACAUAGCAAAUGAAUUACUAAUGGGGAGGUGGCAGUGGCGGUUGUUAUGGGGCAGCAAGAUUGGGGUUGAAGCUGUUUGGUGA